UUUGUUUACCAAAAUGGAAAGUCAACCCCAACAAAGUCAAUGCCUUCACAUAAUUUAUAUAGAAUGACAUACUGCUAAAUAUGUAGCUAAUAAAGCAGUUAAGAUGUUGCUAUCAACUAUUAAUGUAAUUGAAUUCAAAGAUUAAUUAUAGUCUGAAAUGAGGAAAGCACAAAUCCGGUUUGUUCUCAUCAGCAUUCAAAGUCUUACCUUCCCUUUUUUCCAAUAACAGAACUCAUCUCAACUCUCCUGAGAAUCAAAACUGAUACCUUAGCUUCAAUCAUCAUGGAAGUUCUCCUCCAAUUCAUUUUUAUUCUGCUAUUCUUCAGUUCAUUUGUGACUGAAACUUCAGCUUCAGCAAAGUUGCAAGGAUUGCAAAGCUUGUUCCCGAGAGACUCGCUUUCCGUCGAGAAUGAGGAUGAUAUCUUGGUCUCUCCCAAUGGAACAUUCUCCGCCGGAUUCUACAAGGUAGGUACCAACGCCUACUGUUUUUCAAUCUGGUUUACCAACUCAGCUAAUAGAACAGUAACUUGGAUGGCUAACCGAGAUAAACCUGUACAAGGCGAACAAUCGAAUUUAAUCUUUCAGAAAAAUGGAAACUUGGUAUUAACCGAUGCGUAUGGCACUAUUAUAUGGGAGACAAAUACAUUCAAUCAAGAUCCUGUUAGUGUCCAGCUUCAAGAAACAGGCAAUCUAGUGCUAUUAAAUCAGACAGGAGGUAUCAUAUGGGGGAGUUUCGACUCCCCUACUGAUACUUUGCUUCCACAUCAAACUCUCAGGAAGGCCAACAUUUUAGUAUCUGCUAGAGGCCCCAAUAACUAUUCAUCAGGAUACUAUAAUUUCCAUUUCAAUGAUAACAACAUACUAAGCCUUAUCUACAAUGGCCCUGAAAUAUCAAGUGUGUAUUGGCCAAAUCCAGAUGUAUCAGUAUUUACCUAUGGCAGAACACCUUAUGAUAGCAGCAGAAAUGCAACACUAGAUGAACUGGGGUAUUUCAUGUCGACUGAUAACCUCAACUUUAAAGCAACAGAUUAUGGUCUGGGUCCGAAGAGACGAUUGACACUCAACUAUGAUGGGAUGCUGAGAUUGUACAGUCUAAAUGAGUCAAAUGGGUUAUGGAAGAUCACAUGGUUAGCUAAUAUAAAUGCAUGCGAUGUUCGUGGCCUUUGUGGACAAAAUGGUAUUUGUGUAUAUGGACCGAAGGCUUCUUGUAUGUGCCCUCCAGGAUUCAGAAGGACGGAUCCGUCAGAUUGGUCCAAAGGAUGCUCACCAGAAUUCAAUCCAAACUGUAAUAACUCAGAAUUUGUGCAGUUAUCUCAUACAGAUUACUAUGGUUAUGACUUGCAAAACACUGGGCCAGGCAAGUCCUUCGGAUCAUGCAAAAAUGCCUGCUUAGCUGACUGCAACUGUAAAGGUUUCGCUUACCAGUACACUGGGCAGGGGAAUUGCUACCUCAAAAGCAUUCUAUUUAAUGGGUACCAGAUGCCAAAUUACCCCAGUGUCAUGUACAUAAGAGUUCCAAGCCAAAUUGCUACAACCGCAAGAGAUGAUGUGAAGUUAAACAUACCAGCUCUGAAUUGCUCACAAAGGAAUGUUGUUAUCAUCCAGCAACCCACAGAGAAUAAUGAUAAGCAUUCCUAUUUCAAGUACCUUAUUGGAUUUGUGGUAUCCAUAGGCAUUGUGGAGCUAAUUUGCAUCAAUUUUGGAUGGUGGUUUAUCAAGCGGAUCCAUAGGAUGAGAGAGGUGGUGGAUAUGGGCUACGUUGCAUUAGCUGUGGGUUUCAAGCGUUUCACAUAUGACGAGCUAAAGAAGGCAACUAAAAAUUUCAAAGAAGAAAUUGGGAAGGGGAGUUUUGGAGCAGUUUAUAAAGGGGUAUUAGAUGAUGGUAGAGUUGUAGCAGUAAAGAGGCUGGAAAGAAUUAGCCAAGGAGAAGCUGAGUUUUGGGCAGAGGUGAGCAUCAUAGGGAGAAUCAAUCACAUGAACUUGGUCAGGAUGUGGGGGUUUUGCGCUGAAGAUAAACACAGGAUACUAGUCUACGAAUAUAUGAAGAAUGGCUCCUUUGAUAAGUUUCUGUUCUCAAAUUCAUCUGAGUCCUUGGUCUGGACCAAGAGAUUUGAUAUUGCACUAGGGACAGCCAAGGGUUUGUCCUAUUUGCAUGAAGAGUGCCUGGAAUGGAUCCUUCAUUGCGACAUAAAGCCUCAGAACAUACUCUUGGAUGACCAACUCCAACCCAAGGUGGCAGAUUUUGGCUUGUCAAAGCUCGCAGGGAUGAAAGGAAUAAACUCACACUUCUCUAAAGUUCGAGGUACUCGAGGAUAUCUAGCUCCAGAGUGGAUAAUGAAUCAAGAAAUCACUUCCAAGGCAGAUGUAUAUAGCUAUGGGAUUGUGCUAUUGGAACUGGUUAGCGGGCGGAGCGUUUUAGGCUGUCAAGACCCUUUGGUGCAAUGGAUAGAGGAAAAGAUCAAACAAGAUGAAGGCAUUGAAGGUGUGGCUGAUCCUAGAUUGAAUGGUGACUAUAAUCAUAAACAGCUCAAGAAAUUAAUUGAAGUUGCUUUAUUAUGUGUUAGAGGUGACAAAAAAGAAAGGCCAGACAUGAGUCAUGUUGUAUCCAUUCUUCUCAGAGAUGAUUAGAGUUGUUUCAGAAAAUAAGCUUUAAGUAAUUGAUGUUGUUUGUCUCUUUGUUUAUGUUGAUACAUACUUUUACUCAGUAGCAUGUAAAAGCAGGGGACUGCUUGUUAAAAAUAAGCAAUCAUAUUUCAGUAUUAUGGUUUUUAAGUUAUUUCAUUUGUUUUUUUCACUGGUUCGACAUUUAUGCACAUUAUGCUCAAGACUAUCUUCCAACAUGUUCUUUGUUUAAAAUAUAAGUAGGCACAACAUUUAAAAAAAAUAUAUAAAUUAAAAAAAAAAUCACAUUCCAAUAUAAAUAUAUAAUAGUAAGUUAUUACCUUGUCUUUUUCACUGCCUUGACAUUUAUGAACAUGCUACUCAUGGCUAUUCUAUAAAAAUGUGAGUGGACGAUUUUCAACAAUUUCUUUUGUUUAGAAUGUGAAUAAUCAUAUCUCAGUCAAGCAUGAAUUUUCUUUCCAGCAAGGAUUCGUUACCAAUGCUGCUUCAGGCAUACACAGCAAACCAAUUAGUCUAGAGAAUAAAACAAGCAUGAUCCACUUAUCACCAUCCCAUUUACUAGUUUAAGGGAGUUUAUUAAUCAGCAGAUACAAAUUUGUGUAGAAACAUCUCAUUUGCUAAGUCUAAUAUAUAACAUGAAAAAAAACCAUGAUCCUCAUCAUAUAGUGUUGUUUAUGAGAGUUUACUAAUCAGCAAUUACCCAAACAAACAAUAAUAAAUUAUGUACGUCUGAAACAUAUAAAGACAAGUAAGAAUAGGAGGUAGAAGAAAUCUUACCUUGAAAGGAGUGAUCAUAGUAACCACUGUAACCCAGCAGGCAAUCUCAACUCUGAUUGUUUAUGACUUGAAAGAGUGUG